AUGUUGGAAGGCCGGUUGAUUCUGUAUCUGUGGGGGGGGAACCAUGUUGUGGUUCUGGGGUGGGAUGAUGUCUUCAACACCCGACAGGUCUUCCUCAUCAUCGUCAUCCAGGCUUUGCUUUCCAGCAAAAUCAGCUGGUCCUUUGUGCUCGUGCGGUUGGCCAUACUAGAUAAUAUAGGUUAG